AUGGGUUCGCUGAAGAGAAAGGAGGGCCCCGAUGGCUCCUCUGCUUCCAAAUCGAAGCGUGCGAAGUCGGGCGAGACCACGAAGGACACGAAAAUUGACAGCAAUAAGGAUGCAAAGCAACUCAAGACCCCGGCGGUUGCGAAGCCAAUUACAACGCCAGUAGUCACUGUUCUCAAGGAUGAGGAGCCUUUGUUCCCACGUGGCGGCGGCAGCGUCUUGACGCCCCUCGAGCAGAAGCAGAUCUCGAUCCAGGCGAAGAAGGAUGUGCUGUUCGAGGAAGCAAAGAAGGGCGGUAAGGAGGACACGGCUGCUAGGUCCAAGAAGAAGCGCAAAUCAAAGAUAGAAGAGCCUGCGACAAAAUCCAAAGACGAGGAUUCGGUCAAGAUUGAGAGCUUGAACUUCAAGCGCCUAGUCAAGGGCUCAUUAGUCCUUGGUACCAUUUGUGGUAUCAGCCCCCUCGAGAUUGCCGUUGCGCUCCCGAAUAACCUGAUUGGCCACGUUCCCAUCACUGCCAUCUCCGAGUCUUUGACACAACGGCUGCAGGCGCUGCAGGCGAAUGGCGAGAAAGGCGAUGGGGAAGAAUCAGGGGAUGAGAAUAACCUUGACGACAUCGACAUUAAUCUAUUCGUCCAUCUCGGCCAAUAUGUGCGUGCCUAUGUCGUGUCGACAAUAGACGAGUCUGUCGCCGGGAAGACCAGGCGUCACAUUGAGCUGUCGCUCUACCCUGCGCACGCGAAUAGCGGCCUGUCCGAGCAAGACAUUGUUCUGAACAGCACGCUCAUGGCGUCUGUUGUCAGUGUCGAGGACCACGGUUUUGUGAUGGAUAUUGGCAUCUCAGACUCCCAGCUCAAGGGGUUCUUACCACGCAAGCAGCUUGACCCCAGCAUUCCUGAAGAGACCGUACAGCCGGGCUCUGUUCUGCUCUGCAUAGUGACAGGCAAGGCUGCUAGCGGCAAGGUUGUCCAACUCUCCACUCUCGUGGACCGGCUAGGCAACCCCAAGCACUUCCCAGCUGAGGCUACCACUAUCGAUACCUUCCUUCCAGGUACUGCUGCCGAAGUGCUGGUGUCUGAAGUUCAUACACAUGGCCUGGUUGGCAAGGUUAUGGGCCACUUGGAUGUGACCGCGGACAUCGUUCACUCAGGAUCUGGGCCCGACGGCGCUGAUCUGGUUAACCAAUACAAGGUGGGCUCUCGCGUUAAGGCCAGAGUCAUCUGCAACUUCCCGACCGCGAACAAGCCAAAGCUGGGUAUCUCCUUAUUGCCGCAUGUGCUCUCACUUAAACCGAAGACCACUACAAAGGAUGGACAGGAAGUUCUGCCGACAGAUGUCCUUGCCCACUCGGCAAUUAUCCAAGAGUGCAGGGUGGAACGGGUUGAGCCUGGUAUCGGUCUCUACGUUAACGUUGGCGUAGAAGGCGUGUCGGGCUUUGUUCACAUUUCUAGAGUCAAGGACGGCAAGAUUGACACGCUGUUUGAGAACAGCGGCCCGUAUAAGAUUGGUUCAGUUCAUCCGGGCCGUGUGGUUGGGUACAACUCGUUUGAUGGCGUCUAUCUCCUUUCCCUGGAGAAGAGCGUCCUUGAACAGCCCUUCCUACGCAUUGAAGACAUUCCCAUUGGAGCUGUGGUCUCUGGUCAGGUGGAGAAACUCGUGGUUAAUACGCAAGGUUUUGGUGGUCUUAUCGUCAAGAUUGCGGAGGGCAUCUCGGGCCUGGUACCUGAGAUGCAUGUUUCUGAUGUCCACCUGCAGCACCCCGAGAAGAAGUUCAGAGAGGGCAUGAAAGUUAAGGCCCGCGUUCUGUCGACCAACCCAGCCAGGCAUCAAGUACGGUUGACGCUCAAGAAAACGCUGGUCAACUCUGAUGCCCCAGCAAUCAAGUCGUAUGAUGAAUUGGCUGUCGGCAUGCAAGCUUUUGGCACAAUUGUUGCUGUCCUGCAACACGGUGCCAUUGUGCAGUUCUACGGGCAGCUGCGCGGCUUCCUCCCUGUAUCUGAGAUGAGUGAAGCCUACAUUCACGAUCCCAAGGAGCACUUCCGUGUUGGCCAGACCGUCAGCAUCUAUGUUCUCAGCUUCGAUCCUGAAGUUGCUAGGCUGAUCGUCUCGUGCAAGGAUCCUUCUGCCUUUGGUCUAGAGAAGCAGCUCGCCCUGAAGAAGCUCCAGGUUGGCGAUGUGGUGUCUGCAAAAGUCACGCAGAAGACCGAGGAUGACGUCUUCGUUGAGCUGAUUGACAGUUCAUUGAAGGCCAUUCUUCCUGUAGGUCAUCUAACGGACAAGUCGGUCAAUAAAACCCAGGCAGCGCUCAAGCGCAUCCACGUUAACCAAACCCUCACCGAACUGGUUGUCCUUGAGAAGAACGAAGGACGUCGGUCCAUUAUUUUGUCGCACAAGCCUAGUCUUGUCCAGGCCGGCAAAGAGGGCAAGCUCAUCUCCACUGUCGAUGAUGCACGUCUUGGGGAGCAGGUGCCCGGCUUCGUCCGGAAUAUUACUGCUUCAGCUGCCUUUGUGCAGUUCGGCAGCAAGCUGACGGCCCUCCUUCCCAAGUCACUAAUGCCACAGGACUGGCACGACAAACCCAACUUUGGGCUUCACAAGUACCAGUCUCUCCUUGUUAAGAUCACAUCGAUCGACAAGGAGCUUGGUCGCUUGGUGGUUGCGAUUCCAUCGGCUGCUGAUCAGGAAUCGAAGAAGCCAGAAAAGCCCGCCGACCAGGCCGUCAACCCCUUAGAUGAAACCGUGACGACCAUGGCUGACCUUACCAUUGGCAAGCUGACGAAGGCCAGGGUCAGGGCAGUCAAGGAGACACAGCUUAAUGUCGAAAUCGCAGACAACAUCCAGGGACGUAUCGAUGUGUCUCAGAUCUUUGAUAAGUGGGAGGAUAUCCCUGAUCCAAGAAGGCCACUCAAGCGCUUUAAGCCAAAAGAUAUUAUCGACGUCCGCGUCCUCGGCAUCCACGAUGCCCGCAAUCACCGGUUCCUGCCCAUCACUCACCGCUCCAGCCAUGCGGUCCUAGAACUUUCUGCAAAACCCAGUGAUGUCCAAGCACCAAGUCUCCCUGAGCCUCUAUCUCUCGAGAAGAUCGAAGUCGGUUCUACCCACCUCGCCUUCGUUAAUAAUGUUGCUUCCAACUAUCUGUGGGUCAACCUGUCUCCCAACGUCCGUGGCAGAAUCAGUGCCAUGGAAGCCUCCAAUGAUUUGUCCAAAUUGGCCAAUCUGGAAAGGAGCUUUCCUAUCGGCUGUGCGCUCAAGGUUCGGGUACUCUCCGUAGACAAGGAGAAAAGCAGAGUCGACCUAUCGGCUCGGACACCGGGUGCUUCCCAUGAACUCACCUGGGACAUGAUCGAGCAGGGUAUGGUCCUGCCUGCUAAGGUCACCAAGAUCAACGACCGCCAGGUUAUUGUCAAGCUCAGCGAGUCCGUGGCCGGGCCUGUUCAUCUUCCUGACCUGGCUGAUGACUACGAUGAGGCCAACCCUUUGUCGCACUCCAAGUUCGAAAUUGUGCGCGUCGCCGUUGUCGAGGUGGAUAAGAGCAACAAGAAGCUGAGGCUCUCAAUGAGGCCGUCAAGAGUGCUCAACUCGUCCCUGCCAAUAAAGGAUCGGGAGAUUACCAAAAACACAAAGCUUCAAGUUGGCGACAUCAUCCGUGGUUUCGUCAAGAACGUAUCUGACAAGGGUCUGUUCGUCAACCUCGGCGGCGAUGUCGUUGCCCUGGUCAAGAUCAAGAAUCUCUCAGAUUCCUACCUCAAGGAUUGGAAGGAACAUUUCCAAGUUGAUCAAUUGGUGAAGGGCCGCAUCAUCUCACUUGCGGAUGGCCGUAUCGAGAUGAGCCUGAAGCAGUCUGUAGUUGAGAAGGAUUACGUUCCUCCGAUUACCAUUUCGGAUCUAAAGGAAGGCCAGACGGUCACUGGUAAGGUCCGUAAGGUGGAGGAGUUUGGUGCCUUCAUCGACAUUGACGGCUCGGACCGUUUGUCUGGUCUCUGCCACCGCAGCGAGAUGGCCGACAGGAUGGUUCAAGACGCCAGGACUCUGUACAAUGAAGGCGACCGUGUGAAGGCCCGUGUCCUGAAGGUCGACGUCGAGAACAAGCGGAUUAACCUUGGCUUAAAGCCAUCCUAUUUCAAAGACGGCGACGAGGAUGAUGUGGAUGUCGAUAGCGACUCGGAUGCUGGCGCAGCUCUCAACGGCGGGGCUGACAGCGACUCGGAUGAGGAGAUGAGCGACAUUGGCGGCGCCCUUGUCGUCGGUGAAAGUGAUGACGAGUCUGACGAGGAAAAGGACAGCGAUAUUGAGAUGACGGAAGCUCCUGAGGAGGGCUUGAUUGGGCUUGAAGCUGGUGGUUUCGACUGGGCAGCUGCCAACCUGGAUGCCGACGACCAUGGCAAUGCGGAUGUCGCGGAAGUCCCAAGCAAAAAGGCUAAAAAGCGGCGCGAGCCUCAAGGCAUCGUCGACAAGACGGCCGAGCUCGAUGUUAACGGGCCGCAAACUGCGAGUGACUUCGAGCGUCUCCUUCUCGGCCAACCCGACUCAUCCGAGCUGUGGAUUGCCUACAUGGCCUCACAGAUGCAGGUUAAUGACCUUUCUAGUGCCAGACAGAUCGCCGAGCGUGCCCUUAAGACCAUCAAUAUCCGAGAGGAGACCGAGAAGCUUAAUGUCUGGAUUGCCUACCUCAACCUGGAGGUCGCCUAUGGCACGGACGAGACAGUCCAGGAGGUCUUCAAGCGUGCGUGCACGUAUAACGACGACCGGGAGGUCCACGAACGGCUGGCGAGCAUCUACAUCCAGUCGGGCAAGUACAAGGAAGCUGAAGACCUCUUCGAGAAGAUCGUCAAGAAAUACGGCUCCGAAGCCCCUCACGUCUGGUACAAUUACGCGCACUUCCUGCACACCAAAUCCAACAAGCCGGAGCAGGCACGCGCCCUACUCAAGCGCGCGACCCAGGUCCUCGGUAACACCAAGGACACUUACCUCUAUCUGCUGCCCAAAUUUGCCGCGCUCGAAUUCCGCUCGCCCAACGGCGAUCGCGAGCAGGGCCGUACCCUCUUCGAAAAGCUUCUCGCUACCUACCCCAAGCGGUUCGACCUGUGGAACCAGCUGCUCGAUCUCGAGACGUCGGCAUCGUCGGUUGCGAAGAACCCGGCCGAUCCGUCGGUUAUUCGUGACUUGUUCGAGCGUGGGACCAAAGUUAAGGGCCUGCGGCCCAGGCAGGCUAAGGCUUGGUUCAGACGGUGGGCGCAGUGGGAGGAGAAGUUUGGCGAUGCGAAGAGCAGGGAGAAGGUGUCCGCUAAGGCGCAGGAAUGGGCUAGAGCUAAGGCGGCUGCAACGGGGAAGGCACUUGAGGAUCAAGGUCAAGAGGAGGGGGAAUCUAGCGGCGCUGAGGAGGAGGGUGAGGAGUAA